AGCACAAGACCUGUCUCAUCGAUGGAGCGUUCCGCUUGGCCUAAGAGCCUCUCGUCAAGCCGCAAGCACGCGAUCCAGGAUCUCCUCCAUGAUCAGAAUCCCACGAAGAAGCUCAGAGAUCUUUUCGACGCUCACUCUCAAACUGGCAAUAACACAGGGCAGCCCCUGUUCGCUGAAGAUCUGUUCUUCAACGUCCUCAGGUCGUUUGGAAACUCCAUAUCUGAAUCGAUGAGCGCCGAGUCCGACGAGGUCUUGCAGUUCCCGACCAACGCCUGUGUGAGGUCCGAGGUCUCGCAGGGAAGUGAAAGCAUCAAGCCUCCGAUCCCAAGUCUAUUUACAUCAAUGGAGCGUUUCGCUUGGCCUCAGAACCUCUCCACAAGCCGCAACCGCAUGAUCGAGGAGAUCCUCCGAGCCCAGAAGUCCGUGACGACGCUCCAAGAUCUGUUCAACGCUCACUCCCAAGCUGGCAAUAACACACAGCUGCCCUCGUCUGCAGAAGAUCUGCUCGUAGACCUCAAGGAGUCGUUCGCCAACAGCCUAUCCUUAUUGGGGAUGGCCGAGUCCGACGAGGUCUCGCAGGUCCCGACCAAAUCCUGUGUCAGGUUCGAGGACACUGAUGACGAGAGCACUAGUACCCCGGUCCCGACGCAAUUAAGAGGGACUUCGAAUACAUGGACAAGAUUGGACGACCACGAAGGGUGUCAAGCGACCAAGCAGGUCCAGAAGAUAAAGGAUGACCCGCCCGUCUACAGGACUAUAUGCCAAGGCCACCACACUUGCAAGUAG